AUGAUCGAUUGCAAGCCGACAGAGAGAAUAAAUUAUUCUUAUUUCGUAGCCAUUUCAGUAAACUUCAUGGCGAUACUCGCAGGAGUGGGCUUCUCCUGGUCGUCCCCCUGCGUUCCCAAACUCUCUGGCCAAACCCACCCCGCGCACAACCCCCUCGACCACCCGGCCACCAUCCAACAAAUCGCCUGGAUCACCUCCUUGCACAACCUCGGCUGCAUCGUGGCCCCGCUCCUCUGCGGCCCCCUUACCGCCCGUUUGGGCAAGAAGCGCACCCUGCUCGUCUUCGCCGCGCCCCAGCUCAUCUCCAACCUCAUCCUGAUGGUCGCCAAGGAGGUGCCCCACUUCUACAUCGCCCGAUUCCUGAUGGGGGUGGGCACCGGCGGCGCCACCACCCUCAUCCAGGUGUACGUGGUGGAGGUGGUGCCUUCGAGCCACCGCGGCAGGGCCUGCAGCUUCACCAAUUGGAUGGUGACCUUAGCGCAGGAUUUCGUGUUUGUGCUCGGUCCGUACGUCACCAUAAAAACUCUAGCUAUGGUUUCUUUAGUGCCUUCUAUAACUUUUUUCGUUGUCUUCGGAUUGUUUGUACCGGAGAGUCCUUAUUACUUCGCGAGUAGGAGGGAAUUGAAGGAAGCCGAGGCUAUAUUGGUGAAAACGAGGCGAACUGAUAACGUUAACGAAGAAUUGGAGAAAAUCGUGAGGUAUCUGAACGAGGAGAAGUCGGUUAAAUUCUCGUUGGGUGCCAUGGUGGGUUCGAAAGGUGUUCGAAAGAGUUUCGCUUUGGCUGUUGCUUUGAUAAUGUUCCAGCAAUUUGCUGGGGUGAAUUGCGUGUUCGCCUACCAGCAAUCGAUUCUAGCAGAAUCGGAGUCUUCGUUGCCGGCCGAUAAAUCGGUGAUGGUGGUGGCUUUGAUGCAAAUCAUCCCGAUGAUUUUGAUCACGAAGCUGGUGGAUACCUGGGGUAGGAGGAAAUUGAUGAUGCUAUCGUACGCAGGGGAGUUGGUCGCUCUGGUGAUGUUCGGUGGGUAUUUUUUCCUCAAGUCGCAGGGGGUGGAUGUGAGCUCGGUGUUCUGGUUGCCGGUGGUGGUGUUUGAUCGUGUACACUGUACAGGGUGGCCAAAUAAGGAUGGCUCUCGGCCAUAUCUCGCAAACUAA